AUGAAGCAUGUAUUUCACGUGUCAGUACUAUUGGCAUUCACCUGGGCACCUAUAGCUUCUAAAAAUGCUGAGUGCAAAAUUUUAAGACAGUUUCGAUUCAAUGGAUUGUAUAAAAAAGGAGAUGUCAUGCUGGGAGGCAUAUUUACUGUACAUUUCAGGACAGUCGCACCAGAUCUCUCUUAUAGAUCUGAGCCUGAACAAUGGAAGUGUGAGAGGUUUGAUACUGCGGUAUUUCAAAGAUCACAGAUAAUGUUGUAUGCAAUUGAAGAAAUAAAUAAAGACCAAGGCCUUCUUCCUAAUGUGACCCUUGGUUACCGGGUGUAUGACAACUGCAUCAAUCUGCAGGUCGCUAUGAGGGCCGCAGCAACACUAAUAGGAGGAAUGGAUGAGAUCUCGGAUUAUGACUGUGAAGGACUGCCUCAUGUUGUUGCUGUUGUUGGAGACCCUGUCUCAACACAUUCAAUCGCCAUCUCAAGAACCCUUGGUCUCUUUGGAAUGCCUCUGGUUAGUUACUGUUCCACAUGUGCUUGUCUAAGCAAUAAGGUGGAGUUUCCAACAUUUUUCAGAACUGUUCCAAGUGAUGCUUUCCUUGUUAAAGUAAUGGCUGAAAUUAUUAAACAUUAUAAGUGGACUUGGGUUGGAAUAAUAUCAAGUGAUGAUGAGUAUGGGCUCUUUACUUUGAGAACCUUAGAAGAAGAAGUCAAGAAAUUUGGAUGCAUUGCUUUUUCAAAAGCUCUCAAUGUCAAUGACAAAGAAAAGAUGUCUUAUUUGAUCCAUAUUAUUAGACAGUCAACUGCAACUGUCAUAGUGGUAUUUUUACAAAAAAUGGAUGCUGCUAUAUUUGUGGACGAAGUUUCCCAUCAUAACAUCACUGGAAAGCAAUGGAUUGCAAGUGAUUCAUGGAGUCCCUUUCCUGUAUUUGCCAGCAAUGAAAAGUUUGCUUCAUUUGGUGGAACCAUAGGUGUCGCUGCAAGAAGAGGAGCGAUUCCAGGGCUUGAAAAAUUUCUUUUUCAAAUUCACCCACAUUUUGACCCAGAAAAUAAUUUAAAAAGGCUGUUUUGGGAAGCAAUGUUUGGCUGCAAAUUUUUGGAGAAUGAUGUCCUAUCAAAUGUGUCUACUAUGGAAGGCAGACCAAUUUGCAGUGGGUCUGAGAAUAUCAGUAAGACUAAGACUGCCUACAGUGACGUCUCCGAUUUAAGGGCUUCCUAUAACGUUUAUAAAGCCGUGUAUGCAGUAGCACAUGCCCUUCAUAACCUAAUGUCCUGUGAGACUGGAAAAGGACCAUUUGAGAAUCAAACAUGUGCAAACAUUAAAACUGUUCAACCCUGGCAACUUCUACACUAUCUAAAGAAAGUCAAUUUCACAAAUAACCAAGGAGAAAGAGUUGCAUUUGAUGUAAAUGGAGAUGCCCUUGCCAUAUUUGAUAUUGUAAACUGGCAGCGAUCAGCUGAUGGGACUGUGUUCAGCAAAACCAUUGGCAUUUUUGAUGAAUCUGCUUUGUCUGGCCAGGAACUUUCACUUAAUGAAGAGAAUAUAUUUUGGAACUUCAAACCUCAAAAAGUUCCUACAUCUGUCUGCAGUCAGAGCUGCCAACCAGGGACGAGAAAAGCCAGCCGGAAAGGAGAGCCUCUCUGCUGCUUUGAUUGUGUACCUUGUGCAGAUGGAGAGAUUAGCAGUGAAAAUGAUUCUCUUGUAUGUAUCAAAUGUCCUCCUGAUUUUUGGUCAAAUCAAAGGAGAAAUCAAUGUGUGCCAAAAGAAGUUGAAUUUCUGUCCUAUGAAGAUGCAAUGGGAAUCACUUUAGCAGCAACAGCUUUAUCUGGAGUUGGUUUAUCUUUAGGUGUUUUGGCAAUUUUUAUCCGUGCCAGGAACACGCCAGUUGUGAAAGCCAACAACUCGGAACUGAGCUUCCUCUUGCUGGUGUCUCUCACCCUAUGUUUCCUAUGUGCUCUGUGUUUCAUUGGACUGCCUUCACCUUUAACCUGUUCUCUGCGACAUGUGAUGUUUGGCAUCAGCUUUGUUCUGUGCAUCUCUUGUAUCCUUGUAAAAACGAUUGUUGUAAUGAUGGCAUUUAAAACCAAGCUUCCUGGAGAUAAUAUGAUGAAGUGGUUUGGCAUUUCACAGCAAAGAGGCACUGUCUUUUUCUUUACUUUAGUUCAGUCUCUUAUCUGUCUGGUUUGGCUGAUCACAUCACCCCCAGUUCCAGUAAAAAACUUAAAAUACCAAAAUAUAAAAAUUAUUUAUGAGUGUGAUGUUGGAACAGUCAUUGGGUUUAGCUGUUUGUUGGGAUACAUUGGACUGCUGGCUUGCAUCUCUUUUCUUUUGGCAUUUCUUGUCCGAAACCUGCCAGAUACUUUCAACGAGGCUAAAUUUAUUACAUUUAGCAUGUUGAUUUUCUGUGCUGUCUGGAUCACUUUUAUCCCUGCUUAUAUUAGUUCACCGGGAAAGUACACAGUAGCUGUUGAAAUUUUUGCAAUUUUAGCUUCAAGCUUUGGACUGCUUUUUGCAAUUUUUGCCCCAAAAUGUUAUAUUAUUCUUUUUAAACCAGACCUAAACACAAAGAAAGCCUUAAUGGGGAGAAACACCAAAAAGACAUUUUAA